AUGGGGUACUUCGUGGGUGUCACCAGCACCGGUUUCGUCGGUACCGGCGAGAUGAGCGCGGUGACGUCGUACAUGCCGUGCCACAUCUUUGGCGACCAGAUGCUCAUCGGCGCCGGAAUCCGAAUCGGAUUUUACCUCUUGUAUGCCGCCGCCAUCGUCGCCGUGCUGUUUGGCGUCGACAAGCAAUUCCGCCUCUGGCACGGCGCGUGGGGCAUCCUCGCGCUGUCCCUCUUCACCGCCAUGUUCUUGAACGCUGUCGACUCCAACCUCAUCAUCAUAGACUACGCCGUUCUGAUCCACCUGGUGCUGUGGUACCCUGUUUACUUCGUCAUCACUGUUCUGUUCCGGCAAGCUCUGGUCGUCGACAGCAAAGACCGCCCGAAAUCAGACGCGGAGUACUUGGAACGACUGCAGCGAUGCCGACGGGUCGCAGUGACGCGACUCGACGUGGAGCGAGCUCGUGCUUACGCCGACGUUCUCAAGGCAUUUGCCCUCCACGCGGCCGAAGAGGAGGCGUUGGCGGAGCACGACAAUGCCCAAGCGGCUCUCGGCCGCGCGAUCCACCACUUCGUCUCGCACUGGCACGAGCAGAUCGAGGUCCGAGACGGCCGAAGCAGCGAGGAUGUCCAGAUCGACGGAGGAGCCGUGACCACGGUCUACAACACGGAACUGAUCCAGGAGAUCGCGGCCGCCCCAACCCGCGCUGAUAUCGACAAGCUCCGGGACCUCUACGUCGCCGCCCUGGUCCACUCGCAGCAGUCCGUGGCCGAAGCCCGGGCGACGGAGCAGGAGGUUGCGCUCAUCGCCUCCGAAGAGCUGCGCAUCAGGCGGCGCGCGCGGGCGCCAAAACACUCGCUGCGGCACUUCCUCCUGACGACGAGCUACAAGGACCAACUCACGGCGGCCCUCGGCCUCCUGAUCUGGUCCGCCUUCAUGUUCGGCACCGCCGCCCUCAACUGGCCCCUGUUGCACAACGGAAACAAGCCCGGCGGGACCUGCGACAACGUGCCGACCGUCUACUUUGUCCUGGCGCCCAAGAAGCCCUUUGCCGACCCCGGCUUCACCACCUUCCUGCGCAUCUGGACGGUCGGCGUGUGCCUCGUCGCGGUCGUCACCACGGCGCUGGGGCUGUUCAUCCUGACCGUCAGCCUACUCGGCCCGACCGCGGUCGGUCUGCGCCCCUGGUGGCGGCGGCGGAAGGGGGACAAGAAGAGGUCGGUCGAGGACGGCCCGCGCUCCGACGUCGCCGCCGCCGCCGCCGACCCGCGCUCGGCGCGGGGGUACUCGCACAAGGCGCGCGGGCGCCACACGCAAGAGAUCCUCGCUUGCCUGCACCACAGCGAGACGCGCUCGGUGGAGCACCGGUACCGGAGCCGGACCACGGCGCCGGCGCGGUUCAGCCUGUGGACCGUCCCCUGGGCCGUCCUGCUGGCCGUCCUGCUCGUCGUCACGGUCGUCUGCGCCGAGCUGACCGUCACGCGGCAGGGCGAGAGGAACAACGUGCCGCUCGACUUUGCCCGGCCGCCGCUCCGCGAGACGUCCGAGAUCUUGGCCUUCUUGAUCGGCCUGUACGCUCUCAUCGUGACCUUGCUGAGCGUGGUUGGCGCGUUUGCCGCGGCGGUCCUGCGGAAUCGCCGUCGCAAGAACAGCGUCCGAGGGGAGGAGGAGGGCCAUCAUCACGAUCACGACGGGGAAAAGGGGCGGGGGGCGAAGGAAUCGGUGCAGCCAGGUUUGGCAUACUAG